UUAGGCUUACCAUAGUUGGCUUGAAAUAACCUCGCGCAUUAUGUCAUUUUGAGGUGGUAGCAUCUAUUGUGUUUGGUUUGUAGUUGAUGUAUUUUAGACUAGACCCAGCUUUGGCUUUCCUGAAAGAGACAGAAUAGUAACAGCAAUGAGAGAAUAUAAGAUAGUGGUUUUAGGGAGUGGAGGUGUUGGGAAAAGUGCCUUGACAGUACAAUUUGUACAAGGUAUAUUUGUGGAAAAAUAUGACCCAACUAUCGAGGACAGCUACCGAAAAGUAAGUAAAACUAUGCUGAACUGUGAUAUGUACAACAGAGAACAAUUCACUGCCAUGAGAGAUCUGUACAUGAAGAAUGGACAAGGAUUUGUCUUGGUGUACUCCAUUACAGCACAAUCCACCUUUAAUGACUUACAGGACCUGCGAGAACAGAUCCUUCGUGUGAAGGAUACAGAUGAUGUUCCCAUGAUCUUGGUGGGAAACAAGUGUGAUCUGGAGGAUGAGCGGGUUGUUGGGAAAGACCAGGGAGGAAAUUUGGCAAGAUCCUUUAAUAACUGUGCCUUCUUGGAGUCUUCUGCUAAAGCUAAAGUCAAUGUUCAUGAGAUAUUUUAUGACCUUGUGAGGCAGAUCAACAGAAAAAACCCUGAGAAAAAAACAAAGCCUCAGAAGAAAUCUAAAUGCAUAAUCUUGUAGAUCUAAAAUUAAAAUUAUCAAAAGAAUGGCUUCAUGACUUUACUUGUAAUCAUCAUACCUGGGAUGACUAAUACAUCUGAUACCAGUCUUGACAACAAAUGAAAUCGUUGUUUGGAAUAUAUCAUACAAAGGUGGGUAUGGCUGUAGUAGAAGAAAGUGUAGAAACUGAACAUGACAUAGUAAUAUUAAAGGUUUUAUUCAUCCAUAAGGUUUCCAGUUCUUUUGAAAAGUUCUUCAUCAGGUGGACUUGGUAGUAUAAAAAUGAAAUGCAAUUGUGUGUGUGAAAAUCACGAGAUAUGCAGCAUUGUUAAUGUACAGAACAUUAUGUAAGUGAGCUCAGUAACCAUAUGAACGUGAAUCUUUGUUUUGUUGGCAUGGUCACAUUUGAUGUAAAAUCAACAGCUGAUCAGGUACAAAUUGACUUUUUGUCCUAUUGGCAAAUCGAAAUAUGUUCAAUAAAUAUUAUUUGGUUUUGGUUGCAUGCUAGAGGAGUUUUUAGCUCUGGCUAAGGCAUGGUACUUGAGAGAUGCAAGACUUUAUCAUUUGUUAUUAAAGUUGGAAAAGUUGAAGUAUACUUAAUGGAGUGUAAGUGAUGAAAAUUUCUUUAGGGCUUUCUUUGUAAUGUAAUAUAAAAUCAGUAAAUUGAGUCCUUGAAAAUGACAGUUUGUUCCUGGAAUUUUUUCCUGUAUGAACCUUGUUACAUUGAAGAUGAUAUAAAUAUGUUGUUUUGUGGUUAUUUUGAUGAUGCAGUUUUGUAAAAUGAACAUCAUCAAUUGUACACCCAUAUUUGAAGUUAACAUUGUUCUUGUAAUUUUGCUUUUGUGCUCUAUUUUGUUUCUCAAGAUGUUCGACUAUGUGUGUGUGUGUGUGUGUGUGUGUGUGUGUGUAUUGAGUUUGUGUAUAACUCUUUGUGUACCUGGUAAAAUGUGUACUGAGAUUACAAACAUUUUUGUCAUACAUGUUUCUAGAUGAAAUUGUCUUAAGUAUGAUAUUUAUUAUAUUCAUAAAUGAUAAACGUAACCUUAAUUUUGGACCAAAAUUAUCAACUUAAGUUUUUAAGGUUUAUAAAUUAUGCCUUCAUAUCUCUGUUAAAAUAGGAGUACUUGAUUCUGUGGUGGUCUGUUUAGAAAUGUUAGAUUAAUAUUGAGGAUGUGGAUACUGAAUUAAAAAUUUCUUCAUAAUCCUGAUCUAGCUCAAAUUAUAGACAGAAAUGAUGUCCUUUUAAAAUUGUUUAAUCUUUGUGUAUAUUCACAUGUCUGUUGUCCUAUGGUAUUGUCAAUCCAUAUGACUUCAUAACAUUUUCUGUACUGCCAUAUAUGUCAAUUAGUAGCAUGAAAUGGUACUUGAACCACAAUUUUUUUGUUUGUACACAGAAAAUGAAAUUCAGUACAUGUACAGUUUUGAAAUGUAAACUUUUUAAUAUGAGUAUAGAUAUUACAUUUGUUUUUACACACUAUUUUUAUAUGCAAAUAAGCUGGCAGUUUUGUAUAAUUUCAGUUAUA